AGCAGAACUGCAAGGAGUGGCAGGGAGGAGCGAGAGGGAGAGAGACAGAGAGAGAGGGACAGAGCGAGGGAGAGAGAGAGAGAGAGAGAGAGAGAGAGAGAGAGAGAGAGAGACAGAGGGGGAAGGGAGAGCGAGAGCAUCUUUUGCCUGUAUCCUUUACAAGCAUCCAACCCACAGUAUAAGCUACACAGCCCUCUCAAACCUCUCCAGGACCAGAACCAACCCGGACUUCCUCUAUCAUUUCUCUCCCAGGUCCAACAACAACAUGGACCGUCUCAACACCACCUCUCUCCCGUGGCUCCCUGACGUCGCCCCGCUGUCCCAGGUCUCCCUGCAGGUUCAAGAGGUGUACCCGUUCCACGACGGCUGGAACGUAGCGUGCUUCGUCAUCCUCCUCCUCUUCAUCCUCACAGUAGUCUCCCUGGCAGCCCUGGCCUUCCUCUACGAGCUGCUGGACUGUGGCUGCUGUGUCAAGGGGAAGACCCAUCGUGACCUGAUGGAGGAGGCUGGACCCUUCCAGAACAUGGUGGACAAGAUCCACAGUCCCACGGGGUCACAAACCGAGGUGGUGUAAGGGGGUUAAGGGGUCGUUGCCACAGUGACCAGGGCCAAGCAGGAAGUUAGGUCAUGACCGUUGACCCUGAAUCUGAACCCGAGACUGACUGUGCUGUGUGCUCACAGUUGGAGAACAGUGAGACUGCACCUUCGUAUGUGUGAGAUUGUGUGUGUGUGUGUGUGUGUGUGUGUGUGUGUGUGUG